AACAAGAUGGGAGUCAUGGCAGUUCUUAUGCUGCCCCUGCUACUCCUGGGGAUCAGUGGCCUCCUCUUCAUUUAUCAAGAGGUGUCCCGGCUGUGGUCCAAGUCGGCUGUGCAAAACAAAGUGGUCGUCAUCACUGAUGCCAUCUCAGGACUGGGCAAGGAGUGUGCACGAGUGUUCCACACUGGUGGGGCAAGGCUGGUGCUGUGUGCCAAGAACUGGGAAAGAUUAGAGAGCCUUUAUGAUGCCUUGAUCAGCGUAGCUGACCCCAGCAAGACCUUUACCCCAAAGCUGGUCCUCUUGGACCUCUCAGACAUCAGCUGUGUCCAGGAUGUGGCCAAAGAGAUCCUGGACUGCUAUGGUUGUGUGGACAUCCUCAUCAACAAUGCCAGCAUGAAGGUGAAGGCACCUGCCCAAAAGAUUUCUCUGGAACUCGACAAGAAGAUCAUGGAUGCCAAUUACUUUGGGCCUAUCACACUGACCAAAGCCCUGCUUCCCAACAUGAUCUCCCGGAGAACUGGCCAAAUUGUGUUAGUGAAUAACAUCCAUGGGAAGUUUGGAAUCCCGUUCCGUACAGCUUAUGCUGCCUCCAAACACGCUGUGCUAGGAUUCUUUGACUGUCUCCGGGCGGAAGUGGAGGAAUUUGACGUUGUUGUUAGCACCGUGAGCCCGACUUUCAUCCGGUCAUAUCCAGGGCAGGGAAACUGGGAAUCUUCCAUUUGGAAAUUUUUUUUCAGGAAACUGACCUAUGGGGUACACCCUGUAGAGGUGGCUGAAGAGGUGAUGCGCACUGUAAGGAGGAAAAAGCAAGAAGUCUUCAUGGUCAAUCCCAUCCCCAAGGCUGCCAUGUAUAUACGCACCUUCUUCCCUGAGUUGUUCUUUGCUGUGGUGUCUUGUGGGGUGAAGGACAAGCUCAAUGUCCCAGAGGACAAUUAACUACAGGGGGC